UUCAGUUUAUUCCUUUUUUUUUCUGUUUUCCACAAUGUCUCGCUUCUUUGCCAGUGGCGACACAUCGUCCAGCGAGUCGUCGUCUGAAUCCGAGGACGAGCGCGUCAUCCAGCCCACGCGCCCCGCAGCCAGCCGCUUCCACGACAGCAGCGACGAUGAGGACGUCAAGCGCGUCGUCAAGUCUGCGGCGGAAAAGCUCAACGACGAGAUUGAAAAGAUCCUCAAGGAGCUCAACGUCCACCGCAAGACCAACGACUUUACCAGCAUGCACACAGACCUCGAAAAGCUGCUCAAGCUCGCCGAAAAGUUCAAGGCUGGAACCCCGUUGCCAAAGCCCUUCCUUCGCGCGAUUGACAUUAUUGCAAAGGCUGUGCCGGAAACGGCCGAGGCGGCUGAAAAGCUGAACAAGCUGCACGCCAAGGGUCUGGUCGCCAUCAAGCAAAAGCUCAAGAAGAACGCCCCGAUGUACGAGGCGCAGCUCGCCACGUACCGCGCCAGCCCCGAGGCCAACGCCCCCGUCAAGCCUUCGAAGGAGGCCAAAGAAUCCGAAUCCAGCUCUGACUCGAGCUCUGAUUCCGAUUCGGACACCCCCAAAAAGCCAACGGCCAAGACUGCCAAGCCCGCGCCAGGCAAGGCUGCCGCUGGCAAGAAGGCUGCGGCAUCGAGCUCGGACUCGUCCAGCGAUUCCGAUAGCGAGGACGAGGCUCCCAAAAAGCCCGCCACCAAGCCCGCCGCAGCCACAGCCACAGCCAAGGCCGCUGCUGCCGAUUCCGACGAGUCGUCGGACUGGGACUCGUCCGAGUCCUCGUCGUCCGAAGACGAAGGCGGCACGCCCCAGUACACGCGCGAGUACUUCUUGAAGAAGGUCGGCGAGCCCGAGAAGCCUCUCAAGAAGGUCAAGCGUGUUCGUGCUGUCGCGCCAAAGCCCGACGAAAACGCGGCCGCCGAGGCUGCCGAGCCCAAGGUGGAGGUGAAGGCCGAGAAGGUCUUCUUCCCGAAGGACGCUGAGAUUACACACGCCAUGAUGGUCGCCAAGCUGCAAGAGAUUGUUGCUGCUCGCGGCAAGAAGGGCACCGACAAGAACGACAUGAUUGACACGCUCAAGAAGCUGGCAGAAAUUUCCGAGACGGCCAAGCUGGGCGUCGCCAUGCGCCUCAAGAUUUUCCUGCACCUCGUGGCUGCCGAGUUUGACGCUGCCUCGACCACUCCUCCCAUGUCCACCGAGCUGUGGAACAGCUGCUUUGCCAACGUUGGCGAGCUAUUGCGCAUUGUCCGCGAAACCCCCACACUGAUCGUCGGCGACCAUGUCACUGAAGAGAAUGAGAACUUGAGCGAUACCUCCAAGCCCCUCGCCGUGCGCGGUAGCGUUCUGGGAACGGUCGAGCGCUUGGACGACGAGUUCACUCGCACGCUCCAGUCGGCCGAUCCCCACACUGUCGAGUACAUUUCCCACCUCCGUGACGAAAACCGCCUGGUCAGCUUGCUUGUUGCUGCCCAAGAGAUGGUUGAGCGCAUUGGCGUCGUUGUCGACAUUUGCCGACUCUAUCUUCGUCGCAUCGAGCACGUCUACAUCAAGUUGGAUUAUCGCGAAUUUGCAGAGAAAGGCCUCUUGUCUUCGCCUGCCCUUGCUUCCGCUGUCAGCUCACCGACCGGCACUGACGAGCGCGCCACCGCGCUCAUGGCUCGCCUGUGCAAGUACAUUUAUCACAACGACAAGACCGCCCGCAUUCGCUCGCGCGCCAUGCUCUGCCACAUCUACCACCACGCCCUGCACGACCGGUGGUUUGAGGCCCGCGACUUGAUGCUCAUGUCCCACCUUCAAGAGACGGUGACGCACGCCGACAUUGAGACGCACAUCCUUUUCAAUCGCACCAUGGUCCAACUCGGUCUGUGCGCCUUCCGCGCUGGCUUGAUUGUUGACGCCCACCACUGCUUGCAGGAUUUGGUGAGCUCGGGUCGCGCCAAGGAGCUCCUUGCCCAAGGGCCCACCCAGCAAAAGUACCCUGGUGCCGAGCGCAACGUCGAGCAGGAGAAGAUUGAGCGCCGUCGCCAGCUGCCCUUCCACAUGCACAUUAACGUCGAACUCCUCGAGUGCGUCUACCUGACCUCGGCCAUGCUGCUCGAAAUCCCCAACAUGGCUGCUCACCCGUACAACCACAAGCGUCUGAUGAUUUCCAAGCACUUCCGCAAGUACUGGGACUUUGUCGACCGUCAAAUCUUCCAUGGUCCCCCGGAAAACACUCGUGAUCACGUUAUUGCCGCCGCGCGUGCGCUCGCCGCGUGCAACUGGAACCAGGCUCAAACGCUCAUCCGCUCCAUCAAGAUUUGGUCGCUCUUCCCCACCGCCGACAAGGUCAAGGACAUGCUCAGCCUCAAGAUCCAAGAGGAGGGUCUCCGGACAUACCUCUUCACCUACAGCGGCAUUUACGACUCGAUCAGCCUGGACACGCUGGCCCAGCUGUUUGACUUGCCCCAGGCCACCGUUCACCGCAUUGUCAGCAAGAUGAUCAUGUCGGACGAGCUGCACGCUUCGCUCAACCAACCAACCAACACAAUCGUUGUUCACCGUUCCGACCUUUCCAAGCUGCACCACCUAGCCCUCCUCUUCACCGACAAGUCAACCACUUUCAUCGAGAAGAACGAGUUCUUGUUUGAGCAACGCUCUGGUGUCCAAGGCUUCCGCGAGCAACAGCAACGCGCCGCCAGCGCCUAUUCAAAUCAACGACGCGGGCCAGGUCAACGCCCCGCUGCUGCAGGCAAGGAAGGCGGUCAGCAACGGCUUCAGCGCCAGUUUGUCGGUGGUGCGGGUGCAGCACAAACCCAGCGUCCGCGCCGAUUUGGUCAGCCCCGCAACUAUCACAACAACAAUAACAACAGCAACAACAGCAACGUCAACAACACCGCGACCCAAGCCGAUGCUCAGCAACUCGCUGUUAGCUCGUCUUAACUCGUCUUUGGUGCAAUGUUGUGACCCUUUUUAUGCUUGUUUCUCUUCCUGUUCCAAUAUCAGCAUUUUUGUUUUCCAAA